GGUGCUUUUCAAAAAUCUUAUCCAAGCCUUCGUACCUCUCUUCUCCCUACUCCAAUGGAUCCCUUUCUUCUCCUAUCUCUCCAACACUAACAAAGGAAACAUGGCGACAGCUAUUUCCUCCUUCUCUCCUAUCACUCAGUUCCGUUCUUCUUCUUCUUCGUCUCCUCUUUCCCUCAAACCAACACAGUUUCUCAGAUACGGCAAGAAACAACACCUCCAUCACCAAAUCUUCAUCACCAUCUCAGCCGUUUCAAGAGACGACGCCACCACCACGCCUGAACUCGAAGAAGACGACGCCGCCGCCGCGGCUGAGAAAGGAAGAAGAGAGGAGGAGAAGUUCGCUGUUCUCAACACUGGAAUCUACGAGUGCAGAUCUUGUGGCUACAAGUACGACGAAUCAUCUGGUGAUCCUUCCUACCCUAUCCCUCCUGGUUUUCCGUUUGAUAAGUUGCCUGAGGAUUGGAGGUGCCCUACUUGUGGAGCUGCUCAGAGUUUCUUCGAGAGUAAAAUGGUUGAGAUUGCUGGUUUUGCGCAGAAUCAACAGUAUGGACUUGGCGGGAAUACACUUACCUCUGGUCAGAAGACUGCUUUGAUCUUUGGGAGUCUCUUCCUCUUCUUCUUGCUUUUCUUGAGUGGCUAUUUCAUCCAAUAGCUGGCCUUUCUUUCUCAUGUUUAUGUUAAAUCAUGUUAUCAUUACAGUAUCUAUAAUACACCACUGGUUCCUUUAUUUGAGGGAAGCUACAUUAUACAUUUUGGAUUCAGCUAGAGGCUGGAGACAUAGAGAAUUGCAACAAUUAAGAAUUAAUGGCUUAAUAAUGUUUA